CACAGCAUCAUUCGAGUUCCAACAUUCGAAGAAGCAACAUGAAAUCCUUCGCUUGCGUUCUCCUCUUAGCUGCGGUGGUUGCGGCUGAGCCACCGAGCUUCAGAUCAAGAUUCUUCCAAAGACAAGAAGCUGAACCUACUACUCCUAGAAACGAGGAAGCUCCUUACCCAGCAGCAGGUUACAAGCCGACCAAAGAAUUCAAACUCCCAUCAAGAGAAGCUGCCCCACCUGCGACUUCCUACGGAGUACCUUCAGAUAGCUAUGCAGUUCCAUUCCACACUUUCAACGCUCCGCAAACUGAAUACGGAGUACCAAGAAAGAGUGAAGAGCCUGAGAGAGAGAAAGAAGAUAGAGAAGAAGUAGAAAACUUGAAAGUAGAAGGUUUGCCGAAGGAGACAAAAGGCAAGCUGCAAGAAGACUCUGAGUUCAUAAACGCUAAUGGUGCCUACUAUGUGUUGCUGCCGGAUCUUCAGCUCCAAAGAGUUCAGUACGAGACCCAGAACGACAUUCGCAAUAUGGCGUACACUGCUCGUCUGCAGUACAGGAACGAGGACCGAGCCCCCAUAUAUGUGUACACUGCUGUUCCUCAGUACCAGAAUGCUGCUUACGUCCAAGUGCUUUAAGUUUUUGGUUUUCGGAGCCAAGUUGUGUUUGAAAAAUUUUUUUUAUAAGACAAUAUAAAGCUCUCUUAGGGCCACUUGCACCAACGAAAAUGGAGGGCUAACCCGAGGGUUUACCUUACCCACAAUUUUAUAUGGAAUUUGACAGAUAGCCCACUAACCUUGAGUUAAGUGGUUGGUGCAAGUGGGUCUUAACAAGACUCAACAAGACUUGAUAGACAGACUAGCAUUGCUAUAGCAUCAUGAAUUCACGAAUGCGACCACUGUAUAGUUUAUUCGCACUGAUCUCUCUUAAAUACCUACAAAUAACUGGUAAUUCUUCGAAUCAGUGCAAAUUAUGCUUUGUCUGUUACUAACAUACCUAUUUACACAUUGUGUCAGAUUUUAUCGAGGUGGAAAACAGCCCUUAUUUAUAAAAAAAUUUGCAAACUACACGUAUAAACACAACCAUCAACAAUUUGAGAUUAUAAAGGAGACUGAAGGUUCAAGUUCGGCCGUUUGCCAAACACUCGUGAAUAAAAAUAACAAUAAAAGUGUUGUACAUUAA